CCGCCCUUAAAAAAAACAAAAGAAGAAAGAAAUAAAGAAACCGAUCAUGGUUCUGAAAUCAGUGGAUCUGUCAUCCCAAGCUGCCGUUGUUCCUCUGAAUGUUUAACCGUUUCUGUGGGGUCAUCAGGUCCGGUUCGGUCCGGUUCGGUCCACGCUGCUCAGAAACGUCUGAAUCCGGCUCAGCUCCUCGGGUCUCUGCGGAAGUGGAUGAUGUCGGCCCACAAAACAAAGAAGGUUAAGAUGGCAACCAAGUCCUGUCCUGAAUGCGACCAGCAGAUUCCUGUGGCCUGUAAGUCGUGUCCAUGUGGCUACGUGUUCAUCAGCAGGAAGCUCCUGAAUGCUAAGCUCAGUGAGUGUACGUCAGCAGCUAUCGCAGACAAACUGGAUUUCAAGCGGCGGAGAACGGAGCGGAUUCGCAGAGAAAGGAUCGGCUCGCCUUUGACCAGCGACUCUGAGAACCACCGACGACCCCGAGCCAACAGUCAGUCGGAUCCCAUCCGGAGAGGCCGGGGACGGCCCAAGACCGUGGGCCUGAAGAAACAGGACGAUGACAAAGAAAAACAAGAAAAGGAGGUGGACAUAUACGCCAGCCUGUCUGAUGAGAAGGCCUUCGUCUUCUCCGUGGCCUUAGCUGAGAUCAACCGCAAGAUCCUGGGACAGAGACUCAUCUUAUGAACCCAGUUAUUGCUCUUUGCUUCCGUAACAGUCAUUUGAAGAAAGCUGGAUUUUGGACUUGGAUUUAGGAAAGAAAUCCCUGGACCUUAGUAGAUGUUAGACAGAGAGGCUGAUGGGAAAAACCAAAGAUGGUUCCAAGGAAAACCAGGCGAGGCUCCUGGACGAUUGAAAAAUCAUAUUUUUACUCUUUUGGACUUAUUCAAAGUAUAUAUGGAAUAAAUCUGAAUGUUGCAAUGGCCUGGAUUGUUGUUUCUAUAAAAACUUGUUUUUGCUGUAAAUCUGAUGCUAAUUAGCAUUAAUUAGUUUUCACACCUGGAAUAACUACAGUUGUUUAUAAUGUGGAUAUGUGGCAUAUGACAAAUAAAACAAAUCUUCCAGUUUUA